AUGACAGCCUCCGUGCUCCUCCACCCCCGCUGGAUCGAGCCCACCGUCAUGUUCCUCUACGACAACGGCGGCGGCCUGGUGGCCGACGAGCUCAACAAGAACAUGGAAGGGGCGGCGGCGGCGGCAGCGGCGGCGGCAGCGGCGGCGGCGGCGGGAGCUGGGGGCGGGGGCUUCCCCCACCCGGCUGCAGCGGCCGCGGGGGGCAACUUCUCGGUAGCUGCAGCAGCCGCCGCCGCCGCUGCCGCCGCGGCCAACCAGUGCCGCAACCUGAUGGCGCAUCCCGCACCCCUGGCGCCAGGCGCCGCGGCCGCCUACAGCAGCGCGCCGGGGGAGGCGCCCCCGUCCGCCGCCGCCGCCGCUGCUGCCGCCGCUGCCGCCGCCGCCGCUGCAGCCGCCGCGUCGUCGUCGGGAGGGCCCGGGCCUGCGGGACCAGCGGGUGCCGAGGCCGCUAAGCAAUGCAGUCCCUGCUCGGCGGCGGCACAAAGCUCGUCGGGGCCCGCGGCUCUGCCCUACGGCUACUUCGGCAGCGGCUACUACCCGUGCGCCCGCAUGGGCCCGCACCCCAACGCCAUCAAAUCGUGCGCGCAGCCCGCCUCGGCCGCCGCCGCCUUCGCCGACAAGUACAUGGACACCGCGGGCCCGGCGGCCGAGGAGUUCAGCUCCCGCGCCAAGGAGUUUGCCUUCUACCACCAGGGCUACGCAGCCGGGCCUUAUCACCACCACCAGCCGGUUCCCGGCUACCUGGAUAUGCCGGUGGUCCCGGGGCUCGGGGGCCCUGGCGAGUCGCGCCACGAGCCCCUGGGGCUUCCAAUGGAAAGCUACCAGCCCUGGGCGCUGCCCAACGGCUGGAACGGCCAAAUGUACUGCCCCAAAGAACAGACGCAGCCUCCCCACCUCUGGAAGUCCACUCUACCCGACGUCGUCUCCCAUCCUUCAGAUGCCAGCUCCUACAGGAGGGGGAGGAAGAAGCGGGUGCCUUACACUAAGGUGCAGUUGAAAGAACUCGAACGGGAAUACGCUACCAACAAAUUCAUUACCAAGGACAAACGGAGGAGGAUAUCAGCCACGACGAACCUUUCUGAGAGGCAGGUCACAAUCUGGUUCCAGAACAGGAGGGUCAAAGAGAAAAAAGUCAUCAAUAAGCUGAAGACCACUAGUUAAUGGAUUAAAACUGGAGCCGAGGGUAGCUUGAAGAAACGCCUAAGGACUACUCACUUCUUUGCCCAGAUAAUAAUAAGGCUUAAUAAUAACAGAAGAAUUGGAAAGAGAGACACUGAUGUUUUGCUCUCCUAAGGGGAAUCUCUUUCUCGCCAAUGGAAUCUACAGUUUGAAAAACAAAAACAAAAACCUUGAGAAAUGGUAGAGACUGCCAGUUCAACCCCUGCAGGCUCUAGAGUCAACUCCUCAGCCCCUAAAACACACAAUUUCAGAUAAAUUACGAAUUUACUCAAAUCUUGUAAGUAUUUAUGUGACCAUUAUAUUUUAGGAUACUGUGUUAGGUGGUAAUAAUCUGAAAACUGGUUACGGAAACAAAAGUCUGUUUCAACAUCCCCUUUGCGUGUUAUGUGCCUGCUCAGGUAAAACCUUACUGAAAUUCCUACCCAAAUACGUUCCAAAAGAAAUGUCUCAUGGAUAGGCUUAGAGGGGAAAGAACUGAAAUGUUGAUCUUGAACUAUUGCUUAAAAGGGAGAAAGGAGAGAGAAUGCUCAUCCAAGGAUUGAUUGUCUUGGUAGUAAAUGCGGCCAGCUAAACCCUUGAGGCUGCAAGGGAACUCUGGGUGGGUGACGAACUUCUGGAAAUACCUUUCAAUUACUUACAGCAAGCAUGUUGGUGGCAUUUGGACUAACCCAGUGUCAGAGAUCUUCCCAUAGGAUCUGUUGUAAUUUUUAAAAUGUUUAGAACCCACCAGAUGAUUCGAAAGAUUCACUUUAUGCCCCAUCUCACGGAAGGUCCCAUCCUAAUAUGGAUUUCUCCUGAAAUAUACUCUCUUUUUUUUUAACUUAUUUAAAUUUGCAAUUUUCAAUACUUGUUAAACAUUUUGCUAGAGACAUCAUUUUUCUUUUUUUAACUUUGAAAAAAAGAAAGCUCACAUUGGAAACCCGCUCUCUCAAAAUAUUUAAAUGCCUACAUUCUGUAUUUUAAUCUGCAAAAGGAUUAGUAUUUUUCCUUGUUUAUUGUGUUAUGAGACCGCAGUAGAAAGUCUAGGGAUUCGUCUUCACAGCACAUUUUUAAUCAAGCAGUAAUUUCAGCUCACACAUUCGUUUUGUCCAUAUUCAGUAGAAAUGCUAUCUUGUAAAUAAAGACGUUCAGCACACUGUGAAAAUGUAUUUGUGCACCUGCUUUCUAAAUACUUCUACUAAAAAUGAAAAAUUAGAUCUGUAGAUGGUGGUAUUAAUUCUGUUAAUAAAAUAAUC